GCCUACCCCUAUGUGGUGAAGGGAUUACUGUGCUCAUGAGAGUCUGAUGGUGGGCUGAUGGACUAGCAGGCAGAGGCCCUUCACCUCUGCCUGAGCCUGCUGGAAGAGGCAGUGAUGUUAAUUUAAUGUUCAUCCCCUGCCCAAGACUCACAGCUUUUGCCAUCAGAACCCUUGGUACCCCUCAUUUCCAUAUCAGCUGGCUGCCCACCACCAUUUACAAUGGCAGCAAUGGGGUAUUCUGACUGCAGCCUCUCCUGCACUGCUCCCAAAGUACAGAUUUGGCUCCUGAAAUCCUCCCUGGCAGAGGAUGAGGAUAUGACCCCCACUGUGCAGGACAACAGGAUUGCUUUGUUCUCCUCCCCAAAGCAGGGAACACCUCUUUAGUAAGAUUUGCUCUUCUGUCUGAUUGUACCCUGGUGAAAUUCUGUUUAUAGGCCUAACUGAUGGUAAAGUUGAGCCUAAUGAAUUAACCAGUGCUCUUCUUUUUCUUUCAUGGUAUUUAGAGUUAAUCCAAUGAGUGUAUUUAUUAGUGACAAUUCCAAAUUUGUCUUUCUACAAUAAAAUGCAUUAUUUGUGAUUCUGUGACUGUGAAAGUUCUUAGUGAACAUGACAAGACUGAACAUGUUUGAAUUUGCAGUAAUCAGAAAUUAAGCUGAGCUGCACCCAGGCUCUUUGAUCUGUGAGGACCAGCAAGGGGUUCAUUUUCUGCUAAAUGUCUAUACUCUCAAUGGAACAGAGGAAUAUGCAACACUGGUACAAAACUGGCUGCAAAAAAAACAAAUAACAACACUGCAAACCUGCCACAAAUUAUUUGAUAUUCAUCAAAUGAAAUGGCUGCAAUAAACAGAUUUAUCUCUAUUUUGGUUUCCCUUUCUUUCUGCUGUGGCUCUGUGCUGUGUGAUAUAUUAUGGGCUGUACCACAGUCUGGCAGGGGCUGAUAGCUCUGGGUGAACAUGCUGACCCCUGUCACUCACCAGAGGUGGUCACUGAUGCACAAACAGCGAGGCAGGAACGGCCCCGGGGAGCUCAGGGGUGCAGAGCCCCCUUGCCACGGCAGCCCUGCGUGUCCUCUGUGCCCCACUGCCUGCAAGGACAGGAUUCCCUGCUCUGUGUGACUGCUCUCCUGGCCUGCUUGGACCUGGUGAUGACAUUGCCUUCUCCCAGUGCACUCUGGCUCAGUGAAACACCCAGGAAUGUGGGGUUUGUGCAAGGUGCAGCGUGGAAUGAAGCCACAACUUCAUCUCACAGUGACCCACAGGCAGAUGUAUGGGGUGCCUGGGCCAGGUGCUGCAGCUGGGGGUGUGUGGAGUCUCAGUCAGUUGGGGUCAAGGCAGUUCCAUGUCAGGAAAGGCAGCUCUUGGCCCUCCACUGGACCCACCAUAGGACACUGCUCAUCCCAUCAGCAACACUCAUGGCUCCUCUAGGAAAAGGUAAUUUAAUUAAGGUCAAAAACACGUCCCAGCAGUGAGGCCUGAGGAAUAUUGUGAGAAACAGUCCUGAAGAACAGGGUCAAGGAAGGGAGGGGAGGUUGCUCCAUGUGCUGGAGAAAGAAAGUCCCUGCAGCCUGUGAAGAGGACCAUGGUGAGGCAGCUGUGCCCUGCAGCCCAGGGAGGUCUAAGGUGAAAAGGAGACCCACCUGCAGCCUUAGGAGAACCCCACAGCACAACAGGUGGGGUCGGUGUAUCCUGCAGGAUUGCAGCCCAUGGAGAGGCCAUGCUGGAAUCAAGUCAUCCUGAAAGACUGCAGCCCAAGGGAGGGACUAAUGCUAGAGCAGGGGAAGAGUGCAAGGAAAGAGUGGAGACUUGUUAUGAACUGACUGCAACCCCCAUUCCCCAUCCCUCUACACUGAUGUAGAGGAAAGAUGUAGAGCACCUGGGAACAAGGCAUCAGAUUGAUCAGAGGAAGAAGGGGAAGGCAGAGGCAGCAGGUUCUAAUUUUCCAUUUGUUUCUUAUCAACCUACAAUAUUUUCAACGGUCACUAAAUUACCUGAUUUUUUCUUGUCAAGACUCUUUUGUCCUUGUGAGUAAUUGGUGAAUGAUGUCGCUGCCCUUAUUUCUACAAAUCCAAGAGAUUUUCCAUCCUAUUUUCCACCCCUACCCCACUUGUAGGUGACAGUGAAGGAGUAGCUGGGUGGGGAUCUGACAGAUGCCCAAGGUCCACACUCCACAGCAGGUGAAACAUGAAAGAGUUCCAGCAUGAACACAACAGAACCUGAGCUGCUCACUUCUAUCACCAGCUCAGAUCCUGAGGCAGAUCUGAAGAUCUCUUCUGGACACAAUGGAAUCUUCUUUCUUGCCAGGGACAAGCCUUGAAAGCACAGGAAUGACCACACCUCCCUUCUUCCCCUCCUCCUCCUCAUGUACUUUAUCCUUUAACAUGACAGUCCCAACCACUUUCACAACAAAGGGGCCUGGAAGCUCCAUCUUAUUCCUUACAUCCAGUGCAACAUCAUCCCUCACAACCUCACAUGCCACAAGACUCAGCAGGCCAAACCAGCACCUUGCAUGUGUUCCCACACAAAACACCACAGCCCCAGCAAACCACACUGGGGUACCUCCUUCCAUCCCCAUGAAACCCAUGGGAAUGUGACACCCAGCACAGAAUCCCUGUCCUGGGCCCCAGCCCCACUCUGCUGGCCCUGAAGGGGACAGAGUGUCCAUCAGCACAGCCACCCUGCACAGCCCAUGGGGACACAUGCAGGAUGUGCCCAGCCUGGAGAAGCUGACACAGGAGAGAUGUCAGAAGUCAAUGGCAAUGGCUGCCCAGUGCUGCCAUGGUAUGGAAAACUGCUCUGCGUCACUUUACAAGUCUUUAUGAUUGCUGAAAAAAUGCAGUUAGGAGGUUGUGAUAUGAAUAUUCACAUAACAUACUGCAGGCGCUUACAUCCCACAGAAAACAUGGCUACCAUCACUCUAAAGAGAUAUGGUUCAUUUCCUGUAGCCAUAGAGUUCUUUCUUGGGGUUUCAUUUUAUUUGGUUCGACCUCAGCAUCAAAUGAGAGCUCCUUGGUUACUGUGGUCCUCACGUGCAAGGCCAAAUGUGCCACGUCCUGCACUAACCCAAAGUGCAGGGGCAGUCCAUGCGCAGCAGAGCUUAACACAACUUGCCUGUUAAAAGCCUCACAGCUUUCAGGAUCUACACUAAUUUGGAAACUUUAGGACACUGCAGUGUGGGGGAAACUCAGCAUGGUGUCAUCCUUAAAAGCCUUCACUUUCCCAGCAGAUGAGAUUGGAACCAAAGCUCAGGGAUUUGUCAUGGCUUUUACCCUUUUUCCUCCAUAUGCCUCAAACCUGUAAAAAAUUCCAGCUUUACUUUCUGUGUCUCCCGUCACAUGCCCCACUAUGUGGCUCUUCACUCACUCUUAAGGCAAUGCCUUGGUUAAAGCAAACCUUCCUCAAUUGGUAAAACAAACAUGGAUUUCAAUACCUGUGAAUGACACAAAUAAAGACCACUUUUCCAGCAUCUAGGAUGAAUGUUGCACCAACAAGACUCUUGGACUCAAAAGGAUAUUGAGUCCCCUGAGUGCUCUCUGCUGAGCCCAGCCAGGGCUCUGCACAAUCAUCAGAGGUCAAGGAAGGCAGAGAAGAAGCCAGGUCCUGAAGCCUGACCCUGAUCAAACAGGGCUCACUCACAAAAGCACAACACUCUCCACUGCACAAAAACAUCUCCGCUCUUUGUGUCACCCAACACAGCCCCCCUGAACCAACAUUCAAAUACUCAAGAGUGACACUGGCCCCGGGUAAGAGGAUACCCAGCACAUUUACAUGCCUGCACCUGCCCUGCUCCACACAGCACCAACACCAAAAUCCCCCCAAGCAGCAGCAGCAGCAGGAGCUCUAUAAAGCUCCUCUUGCCAGCCCUGACACUGCACCAGCAUCAGCCACUGACCUGCCUCAGCCACUGCUGCCACAGCCCCUUGGCCAGCACAGCUCUGCUCCCCAGCUCCCACCAUGGAAGCUUGUCACUCUCCACAGCAAUACAAGGUCACUUCCUAUGGGUACCCAACUGUGUCCAUCAUCACCCUGGAGGCGUUUGCUGGCAUGUGGAUAAAUGCUUUCAUCGUUUGUGUGCUUUGCAUUGGCUGGGUCAAAAAGAAAACCUUGAACUCAAAUGAGAAGAUCUUACUGCUGCUGGGAUUUUCCAGGUUUUGGUAUUUAGGCAUCUCAUGGCUAUAUUCUUUCCUUCUAAUAGUAGAUCCCUAUUGCUUUUGUAUUCCUCUCCUCCUUGAAUCUCUUGCAGGUAUUCAAAGCUUUUUUGAUUGUUCAAACAUAUGGGUUUCAGCCUGUCUUUGUGUUUUUUACUGCAUAAAAAUUGCCAAUUUCAGGAACAGCUUCCUCAUCUACCUGAAAGUCAAAAUUGACAAGAUUGUGCCAUGGCUCUUGUUGGGAUCGGUGCUUUUGGCCUUUAUUUCCAGCAUUCUUGUCUACCACAUUGCUAAUGAAACACAAUGCAGCAAUCGCAAUUACAGCAGUCAAGGAUAUUAUCUGAAACAUAUUCUCAAAUUGGAUGAACAUUUAGUGCCUAUUUUUUUUUUCAUAGGAUUUCUAUUUUCCACUUCAUUAACAAUAGUCAUUUUUUCUGCCCUUUUCCUUCUCUUUUCUCUCUGGAGACACAGACACAAGAUGCAGACAAACUCUGUGAACAGCCUCAGCAUGGAAGCCCACAUCAAAGCCAUGAAAUCUAUUCUCUCCUUCUUAGUAAUGUAUAGCAUUAACUUUAUAUUUUUUAUUUUGACACUGAUUUAUGCAAGAAAGAAAGAAAAUCAUGUGGCUUUUUUUAUUUUUGCAUUUCUGUAUGCUUUUCCAGGUGUUCAUUCCCUUAUUGUGAUUUUCAGCAAUCCCAAGCUGGAAAAGACAGUGAUAAGGAUUCUAUCCUGUGUCAAGUGCAAGGAUUGCAUGAAGUAGGAACUGUAAUAAAAGCUGGAACCCACACAUAAUCUUGGUAUUUCGUUAUAAGACACAAGUCAGUUUAUCUCUAACGCAACUCUCUGGGCAGUGUAGAUGAUACAGAUGUUCUCUGUUGAAAGCCAAAGUCAAGAAUAAAUCAUUCAAAUUCUUUGAAUCAAAGUAGUAUGACUUAGAUUAUUGUUAGCAGUUCAUUUAGGUAAUUCAUUCAGGUAAUUGUUUGAGUUCAAUUCUUAUCAAUAAUAAAUUGAUUUAGACCUGGUACAUGGAUGCAAAGGGGCAAUAAGCAUACUGCAAACCUUCCUCAAACACUUUGGCAUUUGCUGAUUGAAAAAUUACUCAACUUAGCAUCAGGUUGAUUUGUGUUUGGGUUUACAUUUCUUUCUGCUGUAUCUCUGUUUUUUGCAAUAUUCUCACUUGUAACACUGGGUGGGGUGGGUGCAACUCAAAAGACUGCAGCCUAUGGAGACCCCAUGUCAGAGCUGCCUGAUCCUGAAGGACUGUGGCCCACGGAUGGGAUCCACACUUUAGCAAGGAAGAAAGUGAUGAGGAAGGAAUGGAAGAGAAAACUUUUUAUGGACUGACUGCAACCCUCCUUCCCUGUCCCCCAGCACCACUGUUGGGCAUGAAGUGGAGAAGCCAGGAAUGAAAGAGGGAAUUUUGGUUUCUGAAGAUGAAGAGGGGAAGGCAGAGGGCUCUAGUUUUGUGUUUGUUCCUCAUUAUGCUACUCUGUUAUCAAUAGCCAAUAAACUAAAUUCAUUUUCUCAACUCAAGUCUGUUUUCUCCAGGACAUUAACACCUUCUGUUCCACCCCUGGCCUAUUGUGGAGCAAGAAUAAAGGAGCAGGUGGAUGGGGACAUGGCACGUGCCCAAGCUCAGCAAACCACAGCACAAUCUCUAAACAUGCAAUAAUUCCAGCAUGAACAGAGCAGAAUUUGAUUUUUUGAUUUCUGUCACCAGCUGAGGCACAGAGCAUCUUACACUAUGCCUGGUGCCAGUGAUGCAUUUUCCAUCCAUUCUUGGCAAGGUUUGUUUGGUCUCCCAUUCUCCCAAGAGAAGAAUAUCUGCCAGGGCUGGAGACCAAACAACUGAGGCCUUCCUCAGACAAGGGAGGAAGUAAAGCCCAAGAGCUUCUGGAGAUAGCAUUCCCUUGGGCAGAGACAUUAAAGGGGCUGGGGGCACUGCUAGAAACAAGGCAGUGUUCCAACACUCUUGGAAGUCAGAGAGACAUGAGGAAGUGAUGAGCCCCUGUUCCCUUUUGCUGGGCCUGGAAUUGGAGUUACAGCCUGUUAGACCCACAUGUCCAGAGAAAGCCCAACAUCAACCUCUCCCCUUCAGCCUGAAGAACCUACAGCCCUGUUACAAAUGAGUGUUUGAGAUGACUUCAAAAUCACUGGCAAGGGUAUCAGUAAAAUCCAGAUUUAAUAGUAAGCAAGAGCAUGAUGAAGUUUGUUGGCAAGUUUCACUCUACUACUUAUUAGAUCGUUAAGGCACAACAAGGGAAAAAGGAAACAGGAAAAAAAUCCCUUAAAUCAAAACAGAAAUGAACCAAGGGCUAUCUGUGUGUGUGUGCAUGUGUAUGUGUGUGUUUAGGUGUGUGUGACAAAAUGCUAGAAAGGGCAAGGAUAAAAAGGAAUAAGGCCUCAAAGCUUAACAGCAUUCAAAAGUACUUAACUUUCAUCUUGAAUGUAACAGUUUAGGAAAGGAAUAAAACUUGACAGCAUUUAACUUAGCUUUUAGCUUAUAUUAAAUUUAUUUACAGGUCUAACUUACUGAAAUAUCUAAGAUACUUAAACAUCUAAGAGAGCAGCAUUUCUCCAAUAUUUGCCAAAGCAUAUUCACACGUGUAUGCACACAGACAGAAAGACUCAGUGCAAAGUACCUGUGAAAAAUUCCCCUCAAAGGCAGUGAAAUACUCAUUCUGGAUGCCUUUACACCUCAUCACCAGGCCAAGGGUUGAGCCUCAAGGAGUGGGGGAAUCAGUGCAGGAUUGGUUUUGUUCAGAGAUUCUCUGAGUACAGCUAAUUUGGGAGUUCCCAGCUAUGAGAGGCCCCACUGGUCACAGACUGCUAGGGUCCAGGAGAGCAAAGGGUCUCAUUUUGGACCCUCACUUUUGUUCAUACAGCUGCAAGAAAGUGGGGCCUUAGUCAUUCCAAUGAUUUUCAUCCUGGCUGCACUUAGGUUCCACACUCUUUCUUUGAAAGUGUGAGAACCAGGAUGUUAUGCCAUUCAGACAAAAAAAAAGGUAACUUCUUAGGUUGUUCAUAAAACCACCAGAUCUCAUUAGGCAGCAGCAGCUCCUGGGAGCAGACAGUGGUUCUGAUAGGCUCAGGAGGAGCUGGGCCCAGGUGCUGCUCGUCAAGGCAAGGCCUACUGAGCAUUUCUCAGGCCAAGGCCUGAAAAGGGGAGGGGGAAGCACCACCACAGCCCCACCAUCAAAAAAAGAGAGGCACCACCAGAGAGACACGACACAUUGCCGCUUCCCCCUUUCCCCCCAUUUUUCAUUUGAGCAGAGGCUGUGCAGUUCUCCAGAAAACAGGGUGGGUUUCUCUCAAGCUCUUCUUUCUGCAGUUCCCAGCCUUCAUCUCCCUGCUCUCAGGGGGAUUCCUCUCACUGGGACUGUUCUCUGGUAAUUCCAGCUCUCCACCUGUACAGCACAGUCCAGCACACACACAGCUGCACUCACAGGGCCCAUCUACAGGGUCAGAGGUUUUGUUUUGGUCUGCUCAAACUCUGCUGCCACCAACACUUGAGAAAACACCACGGUGUGCCCAGCAUGGUGCAGCCCCAACCUCCCCUCACAGGGACCCCCUGGACCCCAGCACUGCCCAGAUCCUGACAUGGAUAUUCCAAGUGUAAAUCUUGCCCAGGAAAAGACAAACCCUUUGCUCCUCCUGCAGGGCUCUGAUUUUGUAGGUACUCGGGAUUCAGGACUCUUUGUCAGAAACAACAUCCAAUAUCAGGAAAAAUCUUUUUUUUCCUUAAAUUCCUUUUUCCUUAAUACAGCAGCUCUGUCCCAUCAAUGCUGUUCCAGCUGAGAGCAGGGAGCAAAGCCAGCAGUUCCACACAGAUGAGCUGCAGCACUGUCAGUUUUACAUAUCAUAUAGUAUUCCCCACGUCAUAAAAGGAGAAGGAAA